AAUAUACUGAGUAGAGAGAAGCACCUCGCAAGGGGUCCCACACUUGUGUGAAAUCGCUACUGUCGGCUACUGCUUAAUCGUUCCGAGGUUCAUGUGGAAUGAAUGCAGAUUAAUCGUUGUCUGACGAGGGACCUCUUAUCGGCACAAUUUGGCUUCUCUUAUUAAUAAUUUGUCUCACGUAUCCCGGUACUGCGACACAUUAAGUUUGUGCGAUACUCUGCCAGUGAAUGAGCUGCGGUCGAUUGUCCUUGAAUUAAAUUCGCGUUGGGAUCGAAGUACUACGAGGCGGUUUAUUGUCUUGACAUCUACUUAUCUACCUAUCUGCUUACCUCAGAAUCUGGGAGGAUAAGGCAGAAGAAUCAUAAGAUCCUCUGGCGAAGAUGGACAUCGAUGUGGACACUUGUUUGAAGGAUUGGAAUGAUUUGGCUCAGGAUUACAAGGAGCUGGAGACACUGAAUAGAGAGUAUAUUGCUAAACUAGAGGAAGUUGGAGAGCUACAGGCAAAAUGUUUGAAGGGGAUUUCACAUCAAAGAUAUCGUAUGGGUGUGAUAUCCAAAUCUCUUAAACAACUUCAUGCAUGUGAAACCAGAAAGGCUCUAGAUAAAGAUAUGACUAGACGAAAGGAACAGCUUCAUGAAAUGGAACAAACUUUACCAAAGCCAAAUGGAAGAUAUCUCAAAAUAAUAUUGGGCAAUGUUAAUGUUUCUAUAUUAAAUAAAAAUGACAAAUUCCGAUAUAAAGAUGAAUACGAGAAAUUCAAAUUGGUCUUAUCAGUCAUUGGUUUUGUAUUGUCUGUGAUCAAUCUUCUAACUAAUAUAAGCUCAUUACAUCCUUCCAGAACUUUGGAGCUCAUUUUUAUGUUUGUGCUGGUAUGGUACUACUGUACUUUAACAAUACGUGAAAGCAUAUUAAAAGUAAAUGGAUCCCGAAUAAAAGGAUGGUGGCGUUUUCAUCAUUUCCUAUCCACUGUAGUAUCCGGUGUUCUGUUAGUCUGGCCUAACACAGGUCCUUGGUAUGCGUUCCGUCAGCAAUUCAUGUACUUCAACGUGUAUAUAAGUUUUGUACAAUAUCUACAAUUCCGUUAUCAGCGAGGUGUUCUCUAUCGUUUGAAAGCACUAGGUGAAAGACACAACAUGGACAUCACUAUCGAAGGGUUCCAUUCCUGGAUGUGGCGAGGCCUUUCCUUCCUCUUACCAUUCCUUUUUGUGGGCUACUUCUUCCAGCUCUACAAUGCCUAUACAUUAUAUGUGCUAAUCUCUCAUCCAGAAGCAACCUGGCAUGUGCCAGUGCUUAGUGCCAUGUUCUUGGUAUUGUUUCUAGGUAAUGUAAUAACCACGAUAAUGGUUAUUCCUGAAAAGCUGCGGGAGCGAGUCCGCGACCAUCUUCCCGGAGUAUUUAGUUCGAAAUCAGAUCGCAAAAAAGAAGUUAAAGAAGAAGAGAACAAAUCAACCAAACAUGACUGAAUCAAAUACAAAUUAAAAUUUCCGAUUGACAAGAAACACUCCUUGUAUUGACGUUUAGUGCGUCGAAACAUCACAAAAAGAAAAGGGUAAAAUUACGUGACAUAAAGUGCCGUAUACGAAGGGAUAGGUAUUUUUAUUUCCUUUUCCUCAGUGUAUAUAGAAGGGAGCUAUUGUGUUCUUUCGAAGCAUCAAGUAUUGAAAUAUGAAUCGGGGACUCCGAAGUAAUUAAUCAUUCGACGCAAUCCGCUAGUAAUCGCGAAGGCUCGAUUACAAUCAUUUUCAUCGUCCAUAGCGCGCAGAUCAAUUUUGCAUUGCAAAAUGCAAUGCAUUGUGUAAUAUACAGUAAAGUGUCAUAACACGUGUUGUUUUUGUAACGUCGACCAUGAUUCUUAUACAUACGAUCCACGAUCAUACGAGUUUAAACUUAUCAAGAGAAGAAAAAAAGUAGUUCGUGCUACUGUCAGUAACGGAAUAAAAGACACGAAAAAAAUCGACUAACCGUCACGGCUUCUAUUUUUAUUUAGAAAUUCCAAAGGAAUCUUAUCGAAACUCCUACAAUAAUUGGCAGAGAUCGUAUCUCGUUCUCGUUAUUAUCGCAUAUACAGAUGCGGCAAUAUAGACUAUUUGUUUCUUUACAAUUACUUAUACUGGUGUAUUUAUUACAAUAUCUGUAAAUAAAUAAAGAAAUCGCAUCACCAAAA